AUGGAAAUGGGAGGAAGCUCAUCAGGUUCAUAUGGAUAUGGAGAUUUUCUUGAGUCUUGGGUGUCAGAGAGCUCCUCGAGGAACCAGGUGGAGCCUUUAAGUUAUUCAUUUGGAAGCUUAUUAUCAUCAACUUCUACAGCCAUGUUGCAGGGGAAUAAUGUACAGUUGGAUUAUAAUGAAGUGAACACAACAGUUGUGAAUAAAUCAUUAUUGGAUUCGUUGGUGCCGAGUUUUUGUGCUAAUUAUGUUGUCAAUGAUGCCAAUUUGCUGCUGCCAAGCACUGCAUUCUUGCAAAUUCCCGGCAUUCAUGAUAGUGACCCCGGGUUUCUCUCGUUUGCACCCAAUAACAAUGGUUUAUUGGGUAUUGGAAUGGGGGAUAGUUAUCCCGCUGGUUUAGUUAAUUCUGGAAUAGGGGAUAGUUAUCCUUCUGGUUUAGUUAAUACUGGAAUGAGGGAUAGUUAUCCCGGGCUGAACAAGGUUUCGUCCCAUUCCAAUCAGAGCCAUAGGCAAGGGUGUAAGAGGCAACAAUUAGGAUCAAUGAUGAGUUUUGCUGGAGCAGAACCUGCAGGGUUUGAUGUUUACCAAAUGGGGAUUGGAAUCGAGACCGAGACUCAGUUAUCGAAAAAGCCCAGACUGGAUGCUACCAAGGAUGCGUUGCUGCUCCCCGAGAUUAAUCAGCAUUUCGACAAGAGCCUCCUGCAAUUGCAGGAAAAGAAUUCAGUGCUGAAGAUGCUGCUGGAGCAGCAGAGACAGCAGAACGAGCUGCAUAAACAGCUUUCUCUUUUGGGCACCGAGGACGCGCUGGGACAGCAGUUUCAACCAGACCAAUGGGAGCUUUCGCAAAAUCAGGCCCAAAUCUCUUCUCUGCCUUGCCUUGAUGCCAGUAUCUGUAACCGACGCCUAACUCAGUACUUAUAUCAUAUGAGGAGUCGCCCAACUAAUAAUGACAUGACUUACUGGAAGAAGUUUGUUUCUGAAUAUUAUGCUCCUUGUGCUAAGCAGAGGUUGUGUUUUUCUACAUGUGAUAAUGUUGGCCAACAAGCUCUAAAUCUUUUCACCGAGGCAGCCUUGGAAUCUUGGUGCUGUAGUAUUUGUGCUUCGAAAUCAUCAAGAGGAUUUGAAGUAAUAUAUGAAACUCUCCCGAGGCUUUUCAAAACCAAAUUUGAGAGCAGCAUCCUGGACGAGGUCUUAUUCCUGGGGUGGCCUCGGGAGCAUAGAUUUCCUUCUGGGCUUUUAUUGUUGGAGUAUGGCAAAGUGGUUCAGGAGAGUAUCUAUGAAAAUUUUCGCAUUGUUCAUGAAGGUAUACUUCGUGUGAUCUUCAGACCUGACUUGAAGAUAUUUUCUUGGGAAUUCUGUGUACAACGCCAUGAAGAGCUUUUGCAGUAUCAAUCCGUUGCUAGACAGGUACCAUAUCCUAUCCCGGGGGCAUUUGAUAGAAGCGAUGAACGUAUUGACCAUUUUGUCGAGGCGGCUGAAAAAUACAGAAGUACUAUCACUAACUCCGCCGGGGCUACUUCAGAGGGCAUACAAUCAUGUUGCGAUAUGUUUCUAAAAGCAGAGCUCGAGCUUGCAAGGAAUGUGGAUCUGCCAUUGGUUAACGCGUUAGGAUUCUCCAAGAAACAUUUUAGGUGUUUACAGAUAGCUGAAAUCAUCGGUAGCAUGACGGAUUUAAUCACUAUCAGCCAUGAACUUGGUGUUGGACCAAUUGAGAGCUUAAAGAACUAUCAUCGGUUGAAGGAAAUGAAGGAGCUAAGCAUGACUCAGAGUGUGGUAACCAGCACCGAUGAUGGCGGGCUGGCAGCUGAUAACAGUUACUCUCGACUGCUCAGACAAGGCCCUCGUAGUUCAGUUGCAAGGACACAAGUACUGCAACCGUCGUACUCUACCGCUAACUCCAGCCAACUCGAGUUCACCGCCAAUGAGCUCACCGUCAAUGAGCGCAUGAAGUCAAUAGAACACACAGUUGAUAAGCUGCUUUCCACGAAGGAAGCUACCGUUAGAGCAAACAGUUUGGGAAACGCUAUCAGCGCGGGGACAGGGAGCGAAGCCAGUGGAACAGCCACGAGUGGCGCCUGGCCUCAGAUAAGCGACACCAUCAUGCUAGCUAACGCUAUGAAUUUCGGUGAGAAUGCAACCGUGCUGGCCAUCGCGCAAGCAAACCUAAACCUAAUAGCCAACGCUCAACUAAGCGGCCCCGAGAUGUGCAAGGCUGCCUUCAACAGCUCUUCGUCGAAGGUAAAGAUGUCUGUCAAGGUCGAGCCAAGGUUUCAGGAGCAGAUUUAA